GAGAAGGGGGAUGCAUGCAAGGAUAAGAAUUCCAAAAAAGUUGAAAUGGUGAGGGGAGAGAACUCCCAAAAGACCCUGGAGUACAUGGGAGGUGCGCACGACAACAGCAAUCGUUUCCUUUGUAGAGGACGGGGGAAGAGUCCUCACUUGGCUGCAAACUCUGGAGACUCAGUGCUGGGGCUCGGGGUCGGGGGCUCCCCAGAGAGCAUCACAGGAACGCGUCGCACCACUCUCGAAGGCACCCGAAGCAGUCCCGGGACUGCUUGGCGUUCGCGCCGCACGUGUCCUUCAGCCAUUCCCGGAAAAGAUCUUCAUUUUUCCUUAGCACCAGAAACUGACCAAGGACCACAUAGGCCUGCAAGACGGGCAAAGCAAAAGGCGGGCUGCUGAGCGCUCUGUGGGACUAAGAACAAGAAGGCCACUUCCGCGCCGCUCCCAGCACAGGAGCCCAGGAGACGGGGCAGGCUCCAGCCUGCGGGCUCUGCAGAUCUCACCGCCCAUCCCCAACAGGUACACGCACUCUCCUCACUCCCCAGCCGCGGGGAAGCACUGUAGUCGGCCACCCCCGGCCCUCCCCGGCUGCACACAGCUACCCCACACCUUGUCAAAGCCCUUUUCCUCCAGCUUCUUGCCCAGGACUUCGCCAAUCCCGGCCAGGCUUCCCACUGGCUUUUCCCCCAUGGGCUCUGCCACGAAGUCUCGGUGCUUUUGGGAGGUUGUCAUCUUGAUCAGGCUUAAUCUGGGAAUCCUAAGAAAAGGGAGGUUACGGCUAAAAACCCGGGAACUCUCGAAGGCCCACUGGCAAUCUCACAGUAAGAGACAGCUAGAGCAUCCGUUAGGGAGGCUUUCUCGAUUUCCCCCAGUUUACGGAUGAGAACACAGAUCCAAGAAGAGUCUUUUCCUCACUGUUCAAGACAAAGGUCUCUGCCACUCCCUGCGGGAGCUGCGUUUUGGUACCGCCCCACAGGAGAAACUAUCCUGCCCUACCAGGUGGUGCACGCAGGACAAAAGGCGUCGGUCAGUACACAGGGCCCAUCCUAAAGCUGUCACUGCUCUGUGACCUUGGCUGGGCAAAGGCAGCACUGACCCAGCCUGGAACGACCACCUGGUCCGAAAAGCAAAUGAAGGGCUCUCCCACCCGCCCCACAGGCUGCUCACAGAGCGAAGGCGCACCGGGAGCGCACACAUCCGCUCAGCCAGCCCCUCAAGCUCCACGCCGCCAGCCCCUCAAGCUCCACGCCGCCGGGCCCGCCCACAACGCGCCGCGCCCCGCCCCCUCCCCGUGCCGCGGCCGAACCCUCUCAGAGGGCGCGUCCGAGAGCGCAUCCUCUGGCCCGUCGCAGCACUUGCGGCCCCUCCCCUCCCCCUCCUCCCCGCGCCUCCUCCGACCUCCAGCCCGGGCCUUGCUGCGCGGCUCGCACUCACCCACAGCUCCGGUUCCCGUAACGGCUUCUCCCGCCACCCGGCUGCUCCCGCCGAUCCCUCAACCCACUAGAACUUUCUUCCACUUCCGCUUCCGGGUCGCCUCAAGCGCCGCCUUAAAAAAAAAAAUCUACAUUGGUCACUUCUAGCCGCUUAGAGUCACCGAGUUGAGGCAUUUCCCCCCGCCCCGGACCUUGAGGGCGCCGUUAGUAGGCGCUCCUUUCCGGUUGCUUCGCGGGAGGCCGGGCUGCCUUCUGUGGUCUCGCUUCUCGGGAAGCAUUUCCGGUCUCAGGGAGCAGAGGUCUGUGAUAAGAAAACUUUAUUUCUCUGCUGCACGGCAUCCGGAACUUAAAAGACUUAGCCUUGGCCGACCUGAUGGUGGGAAGAGUUAGAGGGACGGACAAGGAGAGAGGCGUGGCCAGAAGACUUCCGGGAGAGCGCCGGAAGUACGGUGUCCGACUCAGGCUGACCCGCGCCGUCCUCCUCGCUGUCGGGCCUGCGAGAGUCUGACGGGAACCGGAGGCGCCGGAGACCUGAGUCCAAGACGACUCCACUGUCGUGACCGCAGGCAAGUCCUUUUUCUGAGCUUUCAUUGGCUCAGCUGCGAAGUGAGUUGUGGACGAGCCGAUCUCAGCGUCCCGCCUGGAGAGCGGGGUCUUUCAGGCAGCCCCCGUGGGAUUCGAGGGCCAGAGAUGCUCUGAGUUAGCUACUGCUUUUCUUUGAGGUCUAGAGAAAUUGAACAGCCAGGAAAUAACCAAGGCCUCUCCCCAUCUUCAAAACAGUCGUGCAUUCUGAGCCUGCCAUCCAAGAAACUCAGGAGGAGGAGUUGAUAGUCUCUGCAUCUCUCACCGCCCUGGGACAGGACCCAACAUGUCUCAGGCCACCAAGAGGAAGCAUGUGGUGAAGGAGGUGCUGGGGGAGCACAUGGUGCCCUCCGACCAUCAGCAGAUCGUGAGGGUACUCAGGACCCCAGGGAACAAUCUGCAUGAGGUGGAGACAGCCCAGGGGCAGCGCUUCCUGGUGAGCAUGCCCUCCAAAUACCGCAAGAACAUCUGGAUCAAGAGAGGGGACUUUCUCAUCGUUGACCCUAUUGAAGAGGGAGAGAAGGUGAAGGCUGAGAUCUCCUUUGUGCUCUGCAAAGACCACGUGCGCUCUCUGCAGAAGGAGGGGCUCUGGCCUGAGGCCUUCUCCGAAGUGGCUGAGAAACACAACAACCGGAACAGAGUUCUUCCCUGCUUCACUGGACACGGCUCCCAGGAGGCGCUCCGAGGAACUCUCGGCCUCUCGCUCCACACACACCAAGGCGGUACAGGAUCGCGGAGCAGCCUCAGGUAGCACCUCCGCCUUGCGCUGCCCCCAGUCCCUGCCCCACCCGUCCUGGCCGGGAGGGCAGUGCCACUUGUGGCUCUGGAGACUGGGAGAGACCAGGGUGACUGAGCCUCUAAAACACCUUCCACUUCUUACCCAAAAGCUAGCCUUGCACAAGUUAAGGCACGGCCUUCAACAGACGGCCUGGACCCGUGCAACCACACCAGGCGGCCAGGGGAGGGGGCGAGAAAAUGAACCAGCUGGCUUCUCUUUAGCUGGCUGGGGGCCAGGGUGGGCUGGAGAACCACCUUAGAGGAUCCAGGCUAGCUUUCUCCCUGCAUCUCCGUUCAGUUAUCUGUGUCACCUACGACCAGGUCUCACCUGGCAGAGGCCAUCACUCUAAGCCACCUCUGAGGGGUCUCGCUCACCUUCGCAUUGCAGGUGAAUGAACGAAUGAGUUCAUUUAAUUGUCACAAGACAUCCUAUGAAGCAGAGGUGUCUUGAUGGUACAAAUGGCAGAAUUAAAGCCCAGAGAGGUUCAGUGACUUGCCUGAGGUCACAAAGGUGGUGACGGAGCCUGAGGGCAGUGUCGCCGAUGCUCCUCCACCUGCCCUCCUCCCAGGUCUAACCCUGGAAUCUGCACCAUGACU